AUGACAAUGAUUAAUUUUUCUGACUAUGAAACUGACCAGAAAACAGUCAUCGUUAAACUGUACUGCUCGGCGGAAUUAAUCAGAGGUGUAGAUGGCGAGCUUAUCUUUCUUUCGGCACUGAAUAUUUUUCUGUCCAUUGGAGCAUUUUUGGGGAACACUCUGAUCCUAGUUGCUCUUCACAAGGAAACUUCACUUCAUCCGCCUUCCAAAGUCUUGUUUCGUAACCUGGCGAUAUCCGAUCUCUGUGUUGGUAUCAUUGUAGGGCCUUUGGCUGUGACGUAUUGGAUUUCUGUUGUGAACGAAAGAUGGAAUAUUUGCUAUUUCGCAUAUUGGGCAGUGAGUUUCUCAAGUCAUACGUUGUGCCAAGUGUCUUUAUUGACAAUGACUGCAAUAAGCGUGGACAGACUUCUCGCCUUGUUGCUGGGGCUCAGAUACAAACAAAUUGUUUUUUUAAAAACAGUAUAUAUGACUAUAAUUGGUUUUUGGAUUUUGUCCAUCGUCGUUGCAUCUACUAUCUUUUUUAAUGCUAUUAUAAUUUCAUGGUAUCAAUACAUAGUUAUAGCUCUGUGUCUUCUCGCCACAAUCUUCUCUUACACAAAAAUUUUCUUCUCUCUUCGUCAGAACCAAAUUCAUGUUCAGAACCAUGUUGCCCAUGGACAACCUAGCCAAGCAAUUCCACUUAACAUAGCUCGAUACAGAAAGGCAGUGUACAGUGCACUAUGGGUGCAGGUAACAUUGGUUGUUUGUUAUCUGCCAUCUUGUAUAGCGGUAGCUUUGACACCUCAAAAAGGGAUGCCUUUAUCUACUUACCUUGCUAGGGAAUUUACGAUUACUUUGGUGUAUUUAAACUCGUCUUUAAAUCCCUUGUUAUACUGCUGGAAGAUCACAGAAGUUAGGGAAGCUGUAAAAGAAACAAUAACGCAACUCUUUCGAUGA